AUGCCAGCCAUCGGCGGCCUUACCGUCGUGAUAAACUGUCACGGCACAGACCACACAGAGUACGUACAGCCAACACUGCCCGACUCCGCAAACAGAAGAUACCGGAUCGUCGAAGCCAAAGACGGAGCCAACUUCUCCAUUGACAUCAAGCUCAACUCCACUUUCGUCUUUCUCGGAGAUGUGUUGACGUGCACAGUCACUAUAGAUGGCGUUGAAAGCAUCAAGAUGUGCUACGACCGUCAACAUAUUAGCGCCAACACCGAGCUCCAUCAUUCUAUUGACGAGAUCCGAGACAACGUGAAGUUCCAUUCUAUGCUCUUCACAAUGGCGGGCGGUACUAGAGAAGUGAGCAAGAUCUUAGUCGAGAUCAAGCACGGGAAUCUAGGCCAGCAGCUUCCAGGCAGACAUAUCGAUCUUCAUCCGGAGGACAUUGAGAUGACAGGGAUUUCCAGCACAGUGGGCAUAGAGCCUGGUAUCGUAAGACCAGCUGGGGACCCUCGCUUGGUUACUAGGGUCGGAGAAGAGGCGGACGACUGCUAUUUUGAGUUUGAGUGCUGCACUAGAGCAGCAUUACAAGCGCGUGGUGUUGUUUGA